GUUUGCUUUCUGUCUUUCAGGCUGCAAGUGACCAGAUGUUGGUUGGACUGAGUUCUUGCAAAAUCACUCUGGAUUUGUGCUGGAAGAAAACCAAACUGAUCCUCAUGAUCCCUCCUUCCGACUAACCCCGUGUGACCCGAGAGAGCAAUCAUGGCGCUGAACUUCCAGCUUUGGUCUCCUCGAAUCCUUUUGUGCGUCGGAGUUAUUUCCUUUCUGCCUCCAGCGAAUGGCAAGGAAUGUCCUCGUUUGUGUGUUUGUGAGAUCCGCCCCUGGUUUACUCCUCAGUCCACCUACAAGGAGGCCACCACCGUGGACUGCAAUGACCUGAGGCUGACCCGCAUUCCAUCCAACCUAUCAGCGGACACCCAGGUGUUGCUGCUGCAGAGCAACGCCAUCUCCCACACCAGCGGGGAUCUGCAAGCUCUGGUGAACCUGACUGAGCUGGACCUUUCUCAGAACAACUUCACCAAUGUGGAAGCAGUCGGCCUUCAAAACAUGAAUCAUCUGACCACCCUGCACCUGGAGGAGAACCAGAUCAGUGAUCUGCCUGACCACUGCCUGGGGAACCUCUCCAGCCUGCAGGAGCUCUACAUCAACCACAACAAGAUAAGCUCCAUCUCUCCACGCGCUUUUGCCGGCCUGCGCAACCUCCUACGACUGCACCUAAAUUCAAACAAGCUCCACGUAAUGGACAGCCGUUGGUUUGAAGAAACACCUAACCUUGAGAUCCUCAUGAUUGGGGAAAACCCAGUUAUUGGUCUUCUGGACAUGAACUUCCAGCCUCUGGGAAGCCUGAGAAGUUUGGUUCUGGCAGGUAUGGAUCUCACCGAUGUUCCUGCCAAUGCCUUUGUGGGUUUAGACAACCUGGAGAGUAUUUCUUUCUACGACAACAAACUGGUCAGAAUCCCUCAACUUGCUCUUCAAAACGUUCCCAAUCUCAAGUUCUUGGAUUUAAACAAAAAUCCCGUUCACAAAAUUCAGGAGGGAGACUUUAGAAACAUGCUGCAUCUUAAAGAACUGGGCAUCAACAACAUGAUGGAGUUAGUGUCGAUUGAUCACUACGCUUUGGACAACUUACCGGAACUCACAAAACUGGAGGCCACCAACAACCCCAAACUGUCCUACAUACAUAGAUUGGCCUUUAGAGACCUGCCGUCUCUUGAAAGUCUGAUGCUCAACAAUAACGCUCUCACAGCUAUUUACCAGAAAACUGUGGAGAACUUACCCAACCUGCGGGAGAUCAGCAUUCACAGCAACCCACUGCGGUGUGAUUGUGUCAUUCAGUGGAUGACUUCCAACCGGACCACGGUGCGCUUCAUGGAGCCCUUGGCCAUGCUGUGUACAUCCCCACCAGAACUCAAAGGAAAGCGGGUUCUGGAGCUGAAGAUGUUGGAGUCCCCAGAGCAGUGUCUGCCCCUCAUCUCCCAUGACAGCUUCCCCAGCCACUUGGACCUCGAGCUGGGUAUGAGUGUUAAUCUGGACUGUCGGGCGAUGGCGGAACCAGAACCAGACAUCUACUGGGUAACUCCUCUGGGGUCCAAGAUCACCACAGACACAGUGUCAGACCGGUAUCACCUGAGCAGCGAGGGGACGCUGCGGCUAUCUCACGUUCAGGUGGAAGAUUCUGGUCGGUACACCUGUGUCGCACAGAACUCAGAAGGCGCCGACACGUGGGUCGCCACCGUUCGUGUGAAUGGGACUCUCCUUGACAGCGCCCAAGUGAUGAAAAUCUAUGUCAAGCAGACAGAGUCUCACUCCAUCCUGGUCUCUUGGAAGGUCAAUUCCAAUGUCAUGUCGUCCAACCUCAAAUGGGCCUCAGCCACCAUGAAAAUCGACAACCCGCACAUCACCUACACGGCUCGUGUUCCUGUGGACGUCCACGAGUACAACCUCACGCACCUGCAGCCGGCCACCGAGUACGAGGUCUGCCUCACCGUUUCCAACAUACACCUGCAGACACACAAGUCCUGUGUCAAUGUGACAACACGGAGCGCCACCUUCGCCCUGGACCUGUCCGGUCAGCACCCCAGCGCGGCCGUGCUGGUCGUCAUGGCUACCAUGCUGGCCUUCCUCUGCCUGGCCACUGUGGGCAUGUACACAGCCCGCAAGUGGAAAAGGAAAAACUACCACCACUCCCUGAAGAAAUACAUGCUGAAGACCUCCUCGAUCCCGCUUAAUGAGCUGUACCCUCCACUCAUUAACCUGUGGGAGGCUGACGGGGAGAAGGAUAAAGACGGCGGCACGGAGGUGAAGCCUUGUCCUGUUGAUACCACACGUAGCUACUACAUGUGGUGAGAACCGACUACAGAGGCCAGACUGCCUCUCCAGCAGCACAAAAAGACACACUUUUGCCAUUUUGGUGCAAAAGUCAAAAAGGUUGCAGGUGGUUUUUGUAUUCUCAGCUUUGCUAAUAAGAGGCAGAGUGAUCAAGCGCAAGAAGAUUAUUAGUAUAGCGUAUCGCCUUUGUUUUAUCUGUACUUCUUAACUGUACUGGACACACAGAAGGCAGCUGUAUUUAGCCUCCAGGUCGACUUAGUUGUUCUGCUCUUUUUCUGUGGUGCAUUUCUGACUUUCUUUAGAAUUAAUAACAAUGCAGGCUGGAGGAUCUUGUUGCAUUAGUAAAACUCACUGUUUAUUUUUUUCUUCUAUUUUGUAAAGCAGCUAUUUUGUUGUGCACUGAUAGACAAAGAAGUUUGUACAGACUUCAGUUAAAAGCUGACAGCAGGGUUUAGACUCAUUUAACCGUCUACUGAAUGUUAGCAAUUGUGCCGUAACGUUGUAUCAACUAUAACUUUGAACUUUUUGAUUUAAAAAUUGCAAAAAGAGUAGAUUUUUAGCUUGUAAUGUUAAAUGCCAGAAAUGAGAACAUUUCUUCACUUUUUUUUUUCUUUCUAGUGCACUAAAAUCUUUGACUCUUUUCUGUUGUUUCUUGAACUAGCUGUUUUUUUUGUUUUUUUUUUUGCUCUUUGCUUAGUUCAUUAUUUUUACAUACAAUAUGUAUACUAAAUAACCUAACUAAUAAAUUUUGGUUCUUUUGCAGAAACUUUUGGACGAAUUUUCUUUAAAAUUCAUUUCAAACUUGAAAUCAUUAAUCAGCUUUUCAAUUGAUGCUACUGAAGAAAUCAAACUUAACAGUAACUUACUGCUCACUUGCUUGUAUUUAUCCAAUUUAUUGUGUUUAAAAGCAUUAGCUUGUGCUGUACACACGUGCACAUUAAUAUGAACUGCUACUGCCCCCUGGCGGCUGAUCCACAAAAUUACAAGAACAUAUUAACUCCAAAACCAAAUGUUUGUUGGAAGACGAGUCAAUUUCCUAUUAAAAAAAAAAGCCAACUGGAAAUGUUGAAGAUUAAGGGUAUACAUAUAGGAUAAAAUUUUGAUUUUUUUGUGCAGUUUUACAGUUCAAUUUUCCAUAUUUCCAUACAUAUUUCUUUAACUUUAUUAAAAAUAAUUGUCGAUUUUAAAAUGCACACAGGCUAAAACAAUUCACAGGUUUUAAUUGUUUCUGCAGUUAUCAUUAAUUUUCGAUGUGGAAAAUAGUUUUUGAAUAAAAAUUGUUGUUUUCAACUAAUAAUAAACUCAGAUCAUUUUUGCUAUUUUUGAACAAAUUCAAAGUUCAUAAUAUAAGUUGGUUAUUCUUAACAAUACCUCUUUGACAAAAGCAGAAAAAAAGCCUUGUGAAUAUAAUAUGUUGUGUUCUUUAUCAGCUCACAAUCCCCUCUUCCAGAAGUAAAGCUAUAAACAUGUUUCUCUGCAACCUUUUAGCAAAUGAAUAGACAUUUCAAACAUUUUUAUUUACAAAAAUAACAUUCAAGUCCUCACAUUUUGUCUUUACAUUCGUUCUCUUGUCAGGAAAUGUAAAAAAGAAAUCAGUAUUUGCAAAAUGAGAGCUAUAAAAAUAUUUCUGGUGAAUUUUUUUUAGAUUUAACUUCUUCCAAAUUGUCUGUGGCAGCAAAAGAAUCAAAAUGAUCUCAUGACGAGAGUGUGAGCCGGAGGUUCUCUGAUCAAACUGAGCGGGUUCUGUCAUCGUUUCUGCUCAGCAGCACAGCGAAAACCAAGAUUGGAGGCGGAGCUGUCUGGAGUGUUUUGGCUUCGAGCAGCGCAUCUGUAUCUGUAACAGUAAGACUGAAGACGAGGGAGAUAAGACGAGAAAGUGUUACUCCAAACAUAAAAAUCUCUCUUUUUUUUUAAAGUCUUCCUGUUUAUGAUAGAAAACAUAAUGAAGGUGGGAUGUAGGACUUUAAGUAUUCACUGGUGCUAUUUUACUUCCUUUUAGGUUAUUUAUUUAUAUUUGAUAAACAAAACUUUGAAAACAAUCAAAAUUCUAAAAAAAAAAAAUCUUACAGUUUUUAAAAAUGGGACUUUACCAAACUUGGCAACACAUCAUAAAUAUGAAUUUAAAAAGAAAAGAAAAACAGAAUUUUUCAUUGUCACGAACCACUCAAAAAUGAAACAUUCCACAUUCCCUAAUUCCACAUGCAUACAUGGCUUUUCACUUUACUUUAUUUGCUUUUAAUGGUCCAUUUUUUAAGCAUCUCUAAGAGCAUAAACUUCUGAACA